AUGAGAGUUGCAGUGAUAGGUGGAGGGAUUAGUGGGCUGGUUUCAGCUUAUAUUCUUGCCAAAAAUGGAGUGGAAGUGGUUUUGUAUGAGAAGGAAGAUCACUUGGGAGGCCAUGCCAAGACAGUAACCAUUGAUGGUCUUGAUUUGGACCUUGGUUUCAUAGUCUUCAACACUGUAACCUGUCCAAAUAUGGUGGAGUGGUUUGAGAGCCUUGGAGUUGAUAUGGAGAAAUCAAAGAUGUCAUUCUCAGUGAGUUUGGACCAAGGAAGAGGAUACGAAUGGGGCAGUCGAAAUGGUUUGUCAAGUUUGUUUGCACAGAAGAAGAACCUCUUCAAUCCUUUCUUUUGGAAAAUGCUUAGAGAAAUUUUCAAGUUCAAGGAUGAUGUUACCGGGUACCUAUUCUACAUUGUACUUAACAACAACGAGGACAUUGAUCACAAAGAAACUUUUGGACAGUUUGUCUCGUCUCGCAGUUACUCAGAAUUGUUUCAGAAAGCUUAUCUUGUUCCAAUUUGCAGUUCGAUAUGGCCCUUCCCUUCAGAAGGAGUAAUGAGCUUUUCUGCUUACUAUGUUCUUUCAUUUUUCCGCAAUCAUCAUCUACCUCAGCUUUUUGGGAGUCCUCAAUGGCUAGCAAUUAAAGGGCAAUCACAUUAUUAUGUGAAUAAGGUAAGAGAAGAGCUGGAGAGUAGAGGUUGUCUGAUAAGAACUCAUUGUGAGGUUCAUAAGAUUGCAACAAAUGAUGAAGGUUGCAUAGUUGUCUCUGGAGAUGGUUCGGAAGAAGUGUAUAGCAGAUGCAUAUUGGCUGUCCAUACCCCUGAUGCUGUGAAAAUAUUAGGAGACCAAGCUACUCCUGAUGAACUCAGAGUACUUGGUGCUUUCCAAUAUGUCUAUAGUGAUAUUUUCCUUCAUCGUGAUCGAAAUUUAAUGCCCCGAAACCAAUCAGCAUGGAGUGCAUUGAAUUUUAUAGGAAGUACCGACAACAAAGUAUGUUUAACAUACUGGCUCAAUGUUCUUCAGAAUAUUGGCGAAAUGAGUCUCCCUUUCCUCGUGACUGUAAAUCCAGAACAUCCACCAAAACAUACCUUGCUUAAGUGGUCAACUGGCCAUCCAGUCCCAUCUGUUGCUGCUUCAAAAGCUGUGCUUGAGCUGCAUCAUAUCCAAGGCAAAAGAGGAAUUUGGUUCUGUGGAGCAUACCAAGGUUAUGGAUUCCAUGAGGAUCAACUGAAGGCUGGGAUUGCUUCUGCUAAUGGCAUUCUAGGAGAAAGUUGUGCCCUUCUAAGCAACCCAAAACACAUGGUACCUUCACUGGUAGAAACAGGGGCAUGCCGAUUUGUUACCAGAUUUCUUGGAAAUUUUAUCUCCAGUGGAUGUUUGAUUUUACUUGAGGAAGGAGGAACUAUUUUCACAUUUGGGAAAACUACAAAAAGAUGUUCUAUCAAGACGGUUCUGAAAGUUCAUAAUCCACAAUUUUACUGGAAAGUUAUGACACAGGCAGAGUUUGGCUUUGCUGAUGCAUAUGUCAAUGGAGAUUGCUCUUUUGUCGAUAAAGAUGAAGGUCUUCUGCACAUUUUUGAGAUUUUUAUUGCCAGCAGAGAAGCAAAUCGUUCAAUCUCUAAGGCAACUAAGAAAAGCUCGAAAGGAUGGUGGACACCAUUGUUAUUCACAGCCAGUAUAUCGUCAGCAAUAUACUUCUUUCAGCAUGUCUCUAGGCAAAAUACUCUUAAACAAGCCCGCAGAAACAUCUCUCGUCAUUAUGACCUGAGAAAUGAACUUUUUGCUUUAUUCUUGGGUGAAACAAUGCAAUACUCCUGUGGUAUAUUCAAGACAAAAGAUGAAGACUUGAACUCGGCGCAAAGGAGAAAGAUCUCUGCUUUGAUUAAAAAAGCUAGAGUUCAAAAGAAGCAUGAAGUUCUGGAGAUUGGAUGUGGUUGGGGAGUCUUUGCUAUUGAGCUUGUCAAACAAACCGGUUGCAAGUACACAGGCAUCACUCUGUCAGAGGAGCAACUUCAAUUUGCAGAAAAGAAAGUUGCAGAUGCUGGUUUACAGGACCACAUUAAAUUUCUUCUCUGUGACUAUCGCCAAUUGCCCGAUACAUCUAAAUUCGACAGAAUCAUAUCUUGUGAGAUGAUAGAACAUGUUGGACAUGAAUACAUGGAAGAUUUCUUUGGUUGUUGUGAAUCUGUACUAGCAGAAGAUGGCAUUUUCGCUCUACAGUUCACAGCAGUACCGGAUGAUUAUUAUGAGGAAUUCAGAAGAAGUCCGGGUUUCAUGAAAGAGUAUAUUUUUCCUGGUGCGUGUUUACCUUCAUUAAGUAGGGUAACAUCAGCCAUGGCUGCGGCAUCAAGACUCUGUGUGGAGCACCUGGAAAAUAUUGGACCUCAUUUCUACCCAACACUCAGACUUUGGAGGAAAAAUUUCUUGGAGAAUCAAAGUGAAAUUGUUGAUUUGGGAUUUGAUGAAAAAUUCAUCCGGAAAUGGGAAUAUUAUUUCGAUUAUUGUGCAGCAGGUUUCAAGACACAAACACUCAAUAAUUACCAGAUGGUGUUUUCUCGACCUGGUAAUGCCAAUGUAAAUGUUGCUGCAUUUACCAAUCCAUAA